AGAUUUGGCAGGCGGAGGAGGAGCUGUCGCGGGCAGCCGCCUCACAGCGAUGGCGGCCGAGCAGGGCCGGCGGCGGUGGCGGCUGCGGCUCCGGCCGAACGCGGCAGUGGUGACGGUAGCGGCGGGCGGCGGGGGCCUGUGACCGGGAGCCGCCCCGGACCCGGGCACCAUGAGCCAAGGCCCCCCCCCAGGGGAGAGCAGCGAGCCCGAGGCGAAGGUCCUCCACACCAAGCGGCUUUACCGGGCUGUGGUGGAGGCCGUGCAUCGACUUGACCUCAUCCUUUGCAACAAAACCGCUUAUCAAGAAGUGUUCAAACCAGAGAACAUUAGCCUGAGGAACAAGCUGCGUGAGCUCUGCGUCAAGCUCAUGUUCCUGCACCCGGUGGACUAUGGGAGGAAGGCUGAGGAGCUGCUGUGGAGAAAGGUGUACUAUGAAGUCAUUCAGCUUAUCAAGACUAACAAAAAGGACACAUCUGGUAGCCGGGAUUGGCUUCUACCAGCACCUGCUUCUGUACAUCCAGUCCCACUACCAGCUGGAGCUUCAGUGCUGCAUCGACUGGACCCACGUCACCGACCCCCUCAUAGGAUGCAAGAAGCCAGUGUCUGCCUCAGGGAAGGAGAUGGACUGGGCACAGAUGGCGUGCCACCGAUGUCUCAUGUACCUGGGGGAUUUGUGCUCUUACUACAGCUGCACAGAGUGGACUCCCAGACGAGGGGACGUUUUUCUGAAACGCGGCAUCACGGAGUUUUCUUCCUCCUCUCUCCUGCAGCACGGUAUCAGAAUGAAUUAGCUGGCGUAGACACCGAGCUGCUAGCUGAGAGAUUUUACUAUCAAGCCCUGUCAGUAGCCCCCCAGAUUGGAAUGCCCUUCAACCAGCUGGGCACGCUCGCGGGCAGCAAGUACUACAACGUGGAAGCUAUGUACUGCUACCUCCGUUGCAUCCAGUCGGAGGUGUCCUUUGAGGGGGCCUAUGGGAAUCUCAAGCGGUUGUAUGACAAGGCUGCCAAAAUGUACCACCAGCUAAAGAAGUGUGAGACUCGGAAACUCUCCCCCAGCAGGAAGCGAUGUAAAGACAUUAAGAGGUUGCUGGUGAACUUCAUGUACCUGCAAAGCCUCCUGCAGCCCAGAAGCAGCUCUUGGUGCCCGCCCCAGGCCGCAUCUCUGACCUCCCUGCCGCUCCUGCCCUUCCGCAGCCCGGUGGACGCGGAGCUCACAUCCCUCUGCCAGUCGGUCCUGGAGGACUUCAACCUGUGCCUCUUCUACCUGCCCUCCUCACCCAACCUCAGCCUGGCCAGCGAGGGCGAGGAGGACUACGAGGGUGGCUACGCUUUCCUCCCGGACCUUCUCAUCUUCCAGAUGGUCAUCGUCUGUCUCAUGGGUGUGCACAGCUUGAAGAGAGCAGGAUCCAAGCAGUACAGCGCGGCCAUCGCCUUCACCCUGGCCCUCUUCUCCCACCUCGUCAAUCACGUCAACAUACGGCUACAGGCUGAGCUGGAGGAGGGCGAGAACCCGGUGCCGGCGUUCCAGAGUGAUGGCACAGAUGAGCCCUUGGAGAAGGAGGAGGCGCCGGGCCCUGAGCCCCCUCCCGCAGCACCUCAAGCUGGCGAGGUCAGAAAGAGCCGGAAGUUCUCCCGCCUCUCCUGCCUCCGCCGCCGUCGCCAUCCACCCAGAGCUGGGGAUGACAGUGACCUGAGUGAAGGUUUUGAGUCGGACUCCAGCCAUGACUCGGCCAGGGCCAGCGACGGCUCGGACAGCGGCUCCGACAAGAGUCUGGAAGGUGGGGGAACGGCCUUUGAUGCGGAGACAGACUCGGAAAUGAACAGCCAAGAGUCCCGAUCAGACCUGGAAGAUAUUGAGGAUGAGGAGGGGACACGGUCCCCAGCCCCGGAGCCCCCUCGGCCCAGGUCAGAGGCUCCCGAGUCUCUCAAUGGCCCACUGGGCCCCAGCGAGGCCAGCAUUGCCAGCAAUCUACAAGCCAUGUCCACCCAGAUGUUCCAGACCAAGCGCUGCUUCCGACUGGCCCCCACCUUCAGCAACCUGCUCCUCCAGCCCCCUGCCGAAGCCCCCACCGCGGCCAGCCGCAGGCCCUGUGUCAACGGAGAUGCAGACAAGCCCUCGGAGCCAGCCUCUGAGGACGGCUCCGAGUCGGAGGGCAGCGAGUCCAGCGGGCGCUCCUGUCGGAACGAGCGCAGUGUCCAGGAGAAGCUGCAGGUGCUGGCGGCUGAAGGCCUGCUUCCUGCGGUCAAGGUCUUCCUGGACUGGCUGCGGGCCAACCCGGAGCUCAUCGUCGUGUGUGCGCAGAGCUCUCAGAGCCUGUGGAAUCGCCUGUCUGUGUUGCUGAACCUGUUGCCAGCUGCCGGUGAACUCCAGGAGUCUGGCCUGGCCCUGUGUCCCGAGGUCCAGGACCUUCUCGAAGGUGGUGAACUGCCUGACCUGCCCUCUAGCCUGCUGCUCCCAGAGGACACGGCCCUUCGUAACCUGCCUCCCCUCCGGGCCGCCCAUAGACGCUUUAACUUUGACACAGACCGGCCCCUGCUCAGCGCCUUAGAAGAGUCGGUCGUGCGCAUCUGCUGCAUCCGCAGCUUUGGCCACUUCGUCGCCCGCCUGCAAGGCAGCAUCCUGCAGUUCAGCGCGGAGGCCGGCAUCUUCGUCAGCAUCGCCCAGUCUGAGCAGGAGGGCGUGUUGCCACAGGCCCAGGCCCAGAUCCGCAUGGCUCAGGAGGAAGCGCGUCGGAACAGGCUGAUGCGGGACAUGGCCCAGCUACGACUCCAGCUCGAGGUCUCUCAGCUAGAAGGGAGCCUGCAGCAGCCCAAGGCCCAGUCGGCGAUGUCUCCCUACCUCGUCCCCGACACCCAGGCCCUCUGCCACCACCUCCCGGUUAUCCGCCAGUUGGCCACCAGUGGCCGCUUCAUUGUCAUCAUCCCGAGGACAGUGAUCGACGGCUUGGAUUUGCUGAAGAAGGAACACCCAGGGGCCCGGGAUGGGAUCCGAUACCUGGAGGCAGAGUUUAAAAAAGGAAACAGGUAUAUUCGCUGCCAGAAAGAGGUGGGAAAGAGCUUCGAGAGGCACAAGCUGAAGAGGCAGGAUGCGGAUGCCUGGACCCUCUAUAAGAUCCUGGACAGCUGCAAACAGCUGACCCUGGCCCAGGGGGCAGGUGAGGAGGAUCCAAGCGGCAUGGUGACCAUUGUCACGGGCCUCCCACUGGAUGACCCCAGUGCGCUGUCAGGCCCUAUGCAGGCAGCCCUGCAGGCCGCUGCACACGCCAGUGUGGACAUCAAGAAUGUUCUGGAUUUCUACAAGCAGUGGAAGGAGAUUGGUUGAGAUGGACCCCCAGGCCCUGCAGCGGGGCUGACUCCAGAUCUCUCCUGCCCUCCCUGGCAGCCAGGACCGCCACCUGUAGUCACCCCACCACACGCAGACUUCACUCACGCACGCACGCAGAAAGGAGGCCGCAGGGAGGGCCCGGGAGCCGCAGGGAGGGCCCGGAGCCGGCUGGGAGGGCGGGUCCCCUUGUUGUCAAGACGUCAGGAAAGCAAGGGAAGUGCUUGGAGCAGGAGAGGCCUGUGGGCCCCCAGCCCGCCCUUCUGCCUCGGCCCCCUGCUGUCCCUGGGGGCAGGCAGCGGGCACGGGCGUCUGUGUUCCACGGGAGUGGUCUGUGGACCUCCGAGGGGGAGGGGCGGCAGGGCCCCUCUUCCUCACGGUGCAGGGUGGUCGGGGCCGGGGCGGACCCUCCGGCACUGGGGGAAGAAUUGGGUAACACCGGACAUCUGACUGGUUCUGUGCGGACCCUUUCCUCCUCAAGGACCUCCCGUUCUCCCUCUGCGCAGGCUGGGCAGCUCUGGAGCCUUGGGGACUCUUCGAGAAGAGGGGCCUGGAGCUGCCCGCACCGUUAGCAGAGCCAGGGCUUGCGCCCCUCCUGCCGCCACAGGGGCCCGCCCACCGGUUGCCCCGCGUCUGCUUUCUCUCCAUCUGUCCGGUUCCAGGGCAGGGAGCAGGCCUGUGUGCCAGUGAGGGCUUCUGGGCCCACCCGCCCAGUGGGCGUGUGCGGGGCCGAGUGGGAUGCCAGUGCGAGGAGGGGGUGCGGUGUGAGGCCGCCGGCCCCCUUACUGUCGAGGCCCUUAAAGCUGCCCGGUCAGGGGCCCGCUGUCCUGGAGGGGCUGAGCCGGGGCUCUCGGGGCCAGUGGCAGGUGAAGUGGGAGCUGAGAUCAUGAAGAGCUCAGGGCGGUGGGCGGAGCGUCGAGUGCAGGUUGUGGGGGGGCCCCGGCCAGGACCCCCUAGGGUCCCUUUCCCUGGGGCUGGCCAAGGGGGCCUGGGGGUCUUGGCUCUGUUGCCGCCUCCCCCAGCACUAGCCUCGCCUCCCAGGCUGUUCUCAGAGGAAAGCGGGUUUCUUGUCUCCUUCCUCUAAGACCGCGUGUCUGGGACAACCAGGGGGAGUGGGGUCACCCCCAUUCCCAGUCCCUGGCAGAGACUGAGACUAAGGCAUCACUUAAUAAAGACCCCUCGAAGCCCA